AUGGACUACACAGACGCUUCAAAGGCGUUGGUGUUAUACACUUUGCUUAAGACGAGAAAGCGAGCUUCUGCGACUGUAGAAGAUCUAAGACAAAAGAUUGUAGCCGAAAGACGUCGUUGGGAAUGGUCUAGAGCGGUGAGAAUGCGCCAUUACCUGACGCUGGAGUGCAUCAAGGACCCCGGAGGACUCGCCGUGGAUGAAUGUAUGGAAGCAUGGCACAGAUAAAAAAAACUUCCUCGCGCUUACUAGUCUUACACGGUAACGUAUUUGACGAGAGAAGAAGUACACGAGCUAACAGUAUACUACGCAGGGCCUCUUUUUGCCGUCUACUUGAGCGCUUUAUGCCUCAUUACACCAUAGACUUGUACAGUCCCAAGGGUGGCCGUCCAGUCGAUUGGACGGAAAGAACUACCGGGUAAGGCAUUAUCAUAUGUUAAGUUAACUUAGUGAGAUCCUUGUAUUAGGCCAAAACAGAUUCUAC